AUGAAUAUUUUAUUUACGGUGUGUAGUUUAUUUAUAUUUGUAAUUAAUGUUGCUUUAUAUGGAGCUGAAAAGAAUCGUAAAAAUAAUGUAUACACGGAAAUAUGUGAAAAGCCAGCAAAUGCAAAUGAAUCAAGUGUAUAUUGUAUGAAAGACUACAAAAAGAAAAAUUCUUCAUAUCCUUAUAAACAUAUUAUGAAUUUUUUAUUAGAUAAUCAAAGUAAACAUAAAAAUAAUGUAGCAAUAGUGGAACAUGAAAAUGGUGAACAAAACAAUUAUUUGACAUAUGGUGAUUUUUUUAAAAAAGUUUUUUGUUUUAGUAAUACAUUGAAUACUUAUGAAGGAAAAGGUAUUGAAGAGAAAAUUUAUAACAACGAAGAAAAAAAUAAUGGUAAAUUUAGGUUGUUAGGUUUAUAUGGUAGUAAUUCCAUGAAUUGGGUAGCCGCUGAUAUGGCUUCUAUGUUAAGUGGUGUUACAACAUUAGUUAUGCACUCUAAAUUUAGUGUAGAUGUAAUUGUAGAUAUAUUAAAGGAAACCGAAUUAGAAUGGUUAUGUUUAGAUUUAGAAUUGGUUGAAGGGUUAUUAGCUCAUAGAAAUGAAUUUCCACACUUGAAGAAUCUUAUAAUAUUAGAUACAUUAGAUAAAUCUAAUAAAAUAAAAUCUAAAGGUUUAGAUAAAAGUGAUAAAAAGAAAACAAAGGAAGGAGAUAAUAAUUUGGGUAAUGUUGAUUAUGAUAAUGAAAAAUUAAAAAAAAUAAAAGAUUUAAAAGUUAAAGCUAGUAGUGUUGGAAUAAAUAUUAUGGCAUUUGAUGAGAUGGCAAAUACAGAACCUAAAGAGAUAAAAAUAAAUAAUGAAGAUCCUAAUUUUAUUACUUCUAUUGUAUAUACAUCUGGUACAUCAGGAAAACCAAAGGGUGUUAUGUUAAGUAAUGAAAAUUUCCACAAUACUAUAGUACCAUUAUGUGAUCAUAAUAUAAUAAAAGAAUAUCAUCCCAAAACACAUUUUUCCUAUCUACCAGUAUCACACAUAUAUGAGAGAGUUCUUGUUCAUAUCUUAUUUAUGUUAGGUGGAACUAUUAGUAUAUGGAGUAAAGAUAUAAGUAUUUUCUCUAAAGAUUUAUCAAAUUCUAAAGGUGAAGUAUUAGCAGGUGUUCCUAAAGUUUUUAAUAGAAUAUAUACCAAUAUUAUGACAGAAAUAAGUAAUUUACCAUGUUUCAAAAGAUGGUUAGUGAAACGUAUUAUAUCGAUACGUAAAUCUAAUAAUAAUGGAAGUUUAAGUAAAUUUCUUGAAGGACUUUUUAAAAUUUCUUCAAAAAUUAAAAAGAAAGUAAACACGAAUUUAGAAGUUAUAUUAAAUGGUGGUGGAAAGUUAUCACCAAAAAUUGCUAAUGAGUUACGUGUUUUGUUAAAUAUAAAUUUUUAUCAAGGAUAUGGAUUAACAGAAUCGACAGGUCCUAUUUUUGUACAAGAUACUAGUGAUACAAAUACUGAAAGUAUGGGAAUUCCUGUUUCUCCAAAUACAAAAUAUAAAGUAAAAACAUGGGAAACUUAUAAAGCCACAGAUACUUUACCAAAAGGAGAAUUAUUAGUUAAGAGUGGUUCUAUAUUUAGUGGAUACUUUUUGGAAAAAGAAAAUACAGAAAAAUCAUUUACUGAAGAUGGUUAUUUUAAAACAGGGGAUGUAGUUCAAGUUAAUAGUGAUGGUUCCUUAACAUUUUUAGAUAGAUCAAAGGGUUUAGUAAAAUUAUCACAAGGUGAAUAUAUCGAAACAGAUUUGUUGAAUAAUCUUUAUUCACAAAUUAGUUUUAUAAAUAAUUGUGUUGUUUAUGGUGAUGAUUCAAUGGAUGGACCAUUAGGUAUAAUUUCUGUGGAUAAAUAUUUAUUAUAUAGAUCCUUAAAAGAUGACAAUAUGUUAGAAAAAACUGGAAUUACUGAUAAUAAUUACCAAGAUCGAUUAAAUGAUGAAAAUAUAAAUCAAUCUAUUUUUGUUGAUUAUGUGAAAGAGAAAAUGAUGGAAGCUUAUAAAAAUACAAAUUUAAAUAGAUAUAAUAUAAUAAAUCAUAUUUAUUUAACAUCUAAAGUAUGGGAUACUAAUAAUUAUCUUACACCCACAUUAAAGGUGAAAAGAUUCUAUGUAUUUAAGGAUUAUGACUUUUUCAUUGAAGAAGUUAAAAAAAUAUAUAAACACAAAUUAAAAGGAAUUGAUGAAGUCAGCAAAAAUAAAGAACAAAAAGAAGAGAAAAAGGAUGAAAAAAAUAAAAAUAAAAAUAAAAAUGUUCAAGAAAAAAGUUCAAAAGAUAUGAAUACAAAAAAUGUAGUUAAUGUUACAGAGAAAAAACCCACAAAAGAAAAAUUUACAGAACAGCAAGAAAAAAAAGAAACGAAUAACAAAUUAAGAGUACGAGUUAAUGAUGUGGCACAAGAAUUAGAAUUAAAUAAAUAA